GAAGAAGAAGCUGUAGCGUCAGAAGCUCCACGGGAAAGAAGGAGACUCACACCAGACUCCGUUCAAAAAGUGGCCGAUUUAAGGUCAGAGCUGCAGCUUUAAUACAGGAACUGUGUGUGUAACUGCAGACGGUUACAGGUUUCAAGGUGGAGGCUCCCACUGCUGUGGGUGGGGUUAAAGGGCAGGUCACGUGGUGAUUGGCUCCAGCAGAGGCCGUGAUCAGCUGAUGAGCUGACUUCAGCAGCUUUUACAACAGCUGGUUAUUGGGUAGGAGACCCCGCCCACAUCAGAGCUAUGCUGAGACCUCUGAGGCUCCUCCUCUCAGGCCUGAAAACACAGCCGAGCCGCUGCUGCUCCAGCUUCGUGUCCAGGAUGAGGUAUGUGAGCAGGCUGAAGGAGGACGACGAGGCGUGCGCGGCGGCGUUGAAGGAUGGCUCCAUCUUCCUCUUCCACCGCUUGUCUCCUCUGCUGCGACGCCCCGACGCCAGAACCUUCAGCCCAGCAGCUCUCACCUGCUCAGAUGUGCAGUCGGUCCUACAGAGGCUCGGUUCAGAUGGGUCGCUGCUGAAGGAGGCAGUUCUGAUUGGCUGUUCUGAGCAGAACCAGGCUCAGUUCUGUCUGGAUGUUGGAGAACUGGACCAGGCGGCGGUGGAGGAAGCCUCUCAGGGGACCUUCAUCGAUCUGAGGAAGGCCUUCUUUCUGCUGCCCGCAGCUGAGGCGCCUCUAGUGUCCAAGGGUCAGGCGCUGCUGCGUUGGCAUCAGACCAGCAGGUUCUGCGGCACUUCGGGCCAGCCGACUCAACGAAACCGAGCAGGCAGCCAGAGGUUCUGCAGCAGCAGCUCCACCGUCUACUACCCGAAGAUGUCUGCGGUGGCGGUUGCCCUGGUGUCUGAUGGGAAACGGUGUCUGCUGGGCCGCCAGCCAUCCUUCCCACGUGGACUCUACAGCGUGCUGGCCGGCUUCUGUGACAUGGGUGAGACUCUGGAGGAGGCGCUCUGCAGGGAGGUGGCGGAGGAGGUGGGUCUGGAGAUCCAGAGCAUCUCCUACAGCUCCUCGCAGCACUGGCCGUUCCCGCACAGCUCCUUCAUGCUGGGUUGCCACGCCUUGGUUGGCCCCGCCCACACUCAGCUGAGCGUGGACAACUCAGAGCUGGAAGAUGCUCGCUGGUUCACCGUGGACGAAAUCACCCGCGCCCUCCAGGUGAAAGCUCCGCCCAGGAGAGACGACCCCCCAGUCGUCUGGCUUCCUCCGAAACACGCCCUCGCCAACCGCCUCAUCAGGGAGUGGGUGGAGCAGCAGCGGCAGAGUGAGGGCGGAGAGUGAUGGAGGCAGAGCUGCAGUCGGAGUCAUCAGAUCACACCUGAAACACGGAUGUUUCACCUCCGCUCCUGAGAUCUCACAGUUCAGAAGUCCAUUCAGAUUCUGUCUGAUUUUAGCCUUCUCCACUGAUCUAACCUGUGACCUUAUUGAAAGAAGCUUUUAAUGUGAAAAACAUUGAGAGCUUCCUGUCAGUCACGACAGGAAGCAGCUCGUGGACUCUGACCUGCUGAUGUUUCCUCCAAACUGAUUUUAA